AUGCAAGCUGCAAAGAAGUUUGCAAGUCGAAAUCUAGUCGAAGUAGCUUUGCUGAACGUCCGCAGCAGAUUUCUAGAUCAUACAUCACGUCAAUUUGCUCCAGAUUCAUUGGAACAUGAUCUUGUGAAGUACAGAUCAAAGCGAAUUUUCGACGGCACAAUAACUGGAGGUAAGAAUGCGCGAGCACUUCUUGCGCUCGAGUCGUUUCAGACCCUCAAUCCUGGAGCUGACAGCGCUGACGUGCAUAGGAUGGCGGAGUGCGCUUCUCUGUUGGAGAUGAUUCAAAGCUUCUAUCUAAUUCUUGAUGACAUUAUGGAUGCGGCCGAAACACGACGAGGCAAACCAUGUUGGUAUAAAAAUCCAGAUAUCGGGAUGAGCGCUGUGAAUGACGCACUUCUGCUGGAUGUAUUCGUCGAGGACAUAAUCAGAGAUCUAUAUGCAGGCCAUCCACAAGCUGAUCGUCUUUGUGAAGCCUACAGAAAGUCCAAACGGGUGACUCUUUUGGGACAACUCCUCGACACAGCGUCUGUCGGAGAUGUGAACGCAUUUACAUGGGACAGGUAUGAACAACUAGUUGCUAUGAAGACAUCACACUACACUUAUUUUCAUCCUAUGGAGAUGGCUAUGCUCGUCAGUGAUCGCCUAGACAACCAUUCAAUUUUACGACAUAUCGCGUAUCAAAUAGGAUUUUUGUUCCAAUCCCAGGACGAUGUGCUUGAUGUUUUUGGAGACCCUAAGGUUACGGGAAAAGUUGGCACCGAUAUUCAAGACGGGAAAUGCACAUGGCCUAGUGUUCGGAGUGUGCAGAAAUUACACGGAACGCCAGAAUUGGACGAUUUCAAGAGUCACUACGGCGAGGCUGAUCCAGAAAGCGUUAGUCGAAUCAAGAAGCUUAUGCACCAGUUGAAACUCCGGGAAGAAUUCGCAAAUUUCGAGAAAAGAUACUCAGAUAAGGUGAAAGCAGAUAUUGACCGAUUACCAGAGCGUUUAUCGACCAUGAGACCGGUUUUGCAUGAAGCUGUUGACAAUCUGAUAGAUAGGAAAAAGUAG